AUGAACCAUCUACCCAACGAGAUACUGCUAUUAAUCUUUUCGUACGUCGACUUCCAUCGCGAGGCACGCAUCCUGGGCUAUAUUCCAGAUGACCCGCCUCCGACACCAGUGGAUCAGUAUCUCAUCGAAGACUUCCGCAAAUGCUCAGUGCGAAACCUCGCUCUUACAUGCAAGCGAUUCGCGCAUUUUGCCCAAGAAGUGCUUCUGUAUGCUCCUGUGCUCGACGCAACCUUUCCGCACACUUUGGCGGAGUUUGAGUCUUGUGGAAUCGUUAGCUUUGUGCGCAAACUACGUCAGAAUCCGGAGCUUAGUCGAUAUAUCAAGCAGCUGAGAAUAUGCUGGUCGGAAAGAACAGAUGGUGAGCCGCAUAACCCUGACAAUGACGCAGCCAUGUCGGUUUCACCUGCCGUGCUCAGUGAUCUUGAGAGUCAAAUGUCACGGCUAGAAACCAGACUGAAUUUCCCACGUCCAUCGCAAAGGGUUGGUUUUGUGACACCGUUCGGUAACCUUGUAGAGAGAUCCGUACCUGUUCUUCUGUCACUACUACCACACCUCGAGACAUUGUGCAUUUCAGACCCAUACUUAACGGGCCCAACACAUUGGUCAAGAACGGGAAUGAAGAGUGGACAUGCGCUCUCAUAUCUGAAAGUCGAAAGAUCUAUGAUGAUAGUCCCUGAUGGUCUUCUCGAAUGCCCAAGACUACAAACGCUGGAUCUAAGCCUCAAGAUACAAGGCCGUGGAGCUAUCGAAAUCCUCGAUGAAUCUGAAAUGUUCCGAGGUGUCGGAAUACCGUAUAGGCUUUCCCAUAAUAUACAGCAUAUACGUCUCGAUUUCGAAGUUAAGACAGUGGGCAUAUGGAAUACCACGUCCCGAGCAUAUAUGAAUAACAUCAUACAUGCCUUCAGCGACUUGGAAAGCCUUACCUACUACGCGGAGUCCUCAGCAUCCAAGAACCCAUAUAGAAGUGUGCGGGCAUUCCCCGCCUAUCAAGCAAAUAUCCAAUAUUACCCCGACUCUACGUCGUCGUUCACAAACGAUGUCGCUGUGGAUGAGCAAACUUGGGAUCGCGCGAUAUACGAUGCCCGCACCGAAGUGACGGAUUACCAAUACCUCGUCGACAACCUUGAGCAUCUUCACAAUAGCUUGCAACUCUUACAGCUACCAGGUGGCUUUUGGACGUUGCCGGGCGCAGUCCAGAAACCUCUACCCCGCUUCACGCAAUUCUCACAACUGAAGCGGCUCAUCGUUCCUCAGGCAGCACUGAUAUCGAUCAAGUUGGAUAACAUGCGCUUCGACGCUGUCUUCAUGGGAGAUUUCGAGCUUUCUCCCGCGCAGUCUUUGCCGCCUUGCUUGGUGGAGUUGACCGUCUUCGACGCUGAUGCAAUCUUCCCGUCGUCGGCAUGGCUGACAGGGCUUUUUGAGGAUCAGAAGAAGAUGAAUAUGUGGCCAGCUUUCAAGAAGCUGAAGAUACUGUUCGGCGCAACGUUUUCCGAGCGAGAACUGAGGUCGCUGCUGGAGAAGCGUAGUGGUAGUUACUUCUGGAAUAUGGUAGACGAAGCACAAUUCGAAGUGGAGGUCUGGAGAGAUGAAGAGGAGUGGUAG